UCAUUCUUCAUUCCAUCGCUCCUAUCUGUCGGGUUCUCUCCCAAUCUAGGUUAGGGUUUCCACUUUCGGACCCCUCUACGCACUUCCUUCUCCCUCUUUCGGACCAAAAAUGGCCGAAGACGCACAGUACGCAUCGGAAGCGGGGUCGAAUAAGAGGAAGUACGAGGAGCCAACGUCUCCUUCUCCGGUUUCGCGCAGGCCUACUGGAUUCUCCGCACCAAUCUCUUCACUGUCUCCACCCGACGGCGCCGCGGCUGCUCCUCCUUCGUACGCCAAUGUUCCGCCUCCCAUGGAUGACUUCCAGCUGGCGAAGCAGAGGGCUCAGGAGAUCGCUGCUCGGCUAAUCAACAACUCGGAUCCAAAAAAGCCCAGGGUUGACAACGGUGGCGGCGCUGGGGGAUUUGAAACUAGAGAACCUCAGAAGCCAGUUGGGUCUACUUUACUUCCAUCAGUAACUGGUUCAUAUGGUUACCCUGGUCCAAGCAAGAAGAUUGAGAUUCCAAAUGGCAGGGUUGGUGUAAUCAUAGGCAAGGGUGGGGAAACCAUUCGGUAUCUUCAACUCCAAUCUGGAGCAAAGAUACAAGUUACCAGAGACAUGGAUUCUGACCCUAAUUCUCAAACUAGAGGGGUUGAACUAAUGGGCACUCCAGAGCAGAUAGCCAAGGCUGAGCAGUUGAUUCAAGAUGUUCUUUCUGAGGCUGAUUCAGGUGGUUCUGGCAUAGUAUCACGAAGGGUAACUGGACAGCAAGCUGGAGCUGAACAAUUUGUUAUGCAAGUCCCAAACAACAAGGUUGGCCUUGUUAUUGGCAAAGGCGGAGAAACCAUAAAAAACAUGCAAGCAAGAUCAGGAGCACGUAUUCAGGUGAUACCUUUGCACUUACCACCUGGUGACACUUCAACUGAGAGAACUGUACAAAUUGAUGGAUCAAGUGAUCAGAUUGAGUAUGCAAAACAGCUUGUUAAUGAAGUUAUCAGUGAGAAUCGUGUUAGAAAUCCAGCAAUGACUGGAGCAUAUCCUCAGCAAGGAUAUCAGGCACGGCCACCAACUAGCUGGGCCCCGCCCGGUGGACAAAUGCAGCAACCUGGGUAUGGAUAUAUGCAGCCUGGAUCAUACCCUACUCCAUCACCCCAAUAUAGCAUGCCUCAACCACCAUACCCUGGUUACCCCCCUCAACCAACAUCUGCUGGAUAUGGCUCUGGCUGGGAUCAAUCAAAUCCAAAUCAACAAACAGCUCCCGGAGGUGGUUAUGAUUAUUAUAGCCAGGGCCCACCACAGCAGCAGCAGCAGCAAACUCCUGGAAGCUCUGGUGCUCCCGCUGAUAGUAGUGCUUAUGGCUACAAUCAACAACCAUCCUCUGGUUACAAUCAAGGACAAAGCUAUUCCCAAGAUGGCUAUGGUGGAUACCAUGCACCUGCUCCUCAAUCUGGCUAUCCAGGUCAGCCAAAUCCUGUUCCUGGAUAUGAUCAGCAACAGGGUUAUAAUUCAACAACUGGGUAUAGUAAUACUUCCAACACAGCAGCAGGAGAUGGCCACACACCUUCAUAUGGGACCCAGAGUGAUACAAGUCAAGCACCCCCAAAUCAGUCAGCAGCCAGCCAACCUGGGUACCAUACUUCCCAGCAUCCUAGCCCUAAUGCCAAUUACCAGCAUCCAGGAACGACUCAGCCAGGGUAUGGCAUACCAACUUCACAAGGUGGAUAUGGGACUCAGCCACCUGCUUAUGGCACCACCUAUGGGCAGCCCCCGUCUCAAAAGCCUCCGACUAGUCAACCAACUUACGGGCAGCAGCCGCAACAGUCACCUAGUGCCCAGGGAGGUUAUGCACAGCCCCCUCAGGUAUAUCCUCACUCUCAGCCUUCACCUGCUGUAACUGGUUAUUCUCAGCCUGAUUCUGGUUCCCAACGUCCUACCUCUACUGGAUAUGGUGCAACCCAACCGGGUUAUGGCCCCCCAGCCUAUGGAGCUCCACCAAUGACUCAAUCGGGAGUGUCAUACAAUAGUGGGUAUGGUGGUAAUAAUUAUUCUCAGCCUUCAGCAUACUCCACUGAUGGAAGUGGUGGUGGUGCACGAUUGACAUAUGAUACAGCACCAACUUCUCAGUCUUCCCAGCCCACAGGGUCGGCUAAAACCUCUCCAGAGAGUUGAUUUGUGUUUGCUUAAGUGUAGUGAUAAAGAAUUUUCAGUGUAUCUUCUUUUUGCUAAGCAUGUGGUUUAGUUUCUUGAUGUUUUGUUGAAGCAGGAUUAAUUUGCUGUGGUUAUCUGUUUAUCUUUUAACUCUAGUUGCAGUGAUUGUAUGUGUUGGCAUUUUAAUACCAGUUCAGUCCUAUUAAUGUUUCAUAAUUAAGGGUUCA